UUAAUUAAUUAAAUUAUGCACCAUCACCAGCACAAACGAAAGUGUCCCAUAAAAUCGACAAAGGCUCGGUCAGAAACUGAAGUGCAGUCGGAGAAGGCUUGGCUGGAAGCAGAAAAAGUAUGGCUGGUCCACAAGGGAGGGUUUGCCUCGGCCAGUAUCAUCAAGGGCAACGGCAUGUCCCCCUUACCAGAGGGGCGUGUCCGAAUCAAACUGGACCACGGCGGGGAUGUACUGGAGGUGGACGAGGAUGACGUGGAAAAGGCUAACCCACCUCAAUUUGACAGAGCAGAGGAUCUCGCUUCCCUGAGAUUCCUGAACGAGUCGAGCGUCCUUCACACCUUGAGACAGAGAUAUGGAGCUAAUCUCGUACACACUUAUGCUGGCUCCAGUGUUGUGGUGGUCAAUCCAAUGCAUCAAAUGUCCAUAUACUCAGAAAAGUUGAUACAGGUGUUUAAGGGUUGUAAACAGGAGGACAUGCCCCCUCACAUCUACGCCAGUGGGCAGAUUGCCUACAGAGACAUGCUGAACAGUAGGCGAGACCAGUCCAUUAUCAUGAUGGGCAGAAGUGGCAGUGGCAAGUCAGUCAACGCCAAACACAUCCUGUCCUACCUAACCCUGGCAGCAGGCAGUGUGGGCAACAUCAUGUCAGGAGACAAAUUAAAUGCUGUCUCAACACUAAUGGAUGCCUUUGGAAAUAGCAGAUCUAUACUAAACACCAAUGCCAGUAGAUACGGACAACUGACAACAUUAGAUUUCGAUCAUUCAGGCCAGAUUGUCUCGGCAUCCAUACAGGUGAUGCUGUUUGAGAAGACGAGGGUUGUGAGGCGACCAGAAGGGGAGCCCAGUUUCCAUGUGUUCUAUCAGAUGUUGGCUGGACUAGACUCAAAUCUAAGAAAUGAACUACAACUCAACACUCUAGGGGACCCUAAUCUGUUCAUGACACCUCUACAAAGGAAUGAAGAUCGCCAGAGAGCAGCCACUUCCUGGGGUAAGAUCUUCCACGCCAUGGAGGUGGUAGGAAUGUCAGAGGAGGAGAAACGUGCCAUAUGCUACAUUCUGGCAGCCAUCUAUCACCUGGGGGUGGCCGGGGCUGUGAAGGGACAGAACAAUAAACCCCAGUUUGCCCGACCAGCCGCCGCCCUCAAGGCAUCCCAGCUGAUGGGGAUCACCCAGGAGGAGCUGGCCAGGCAGAUCUUUGCUUCGGGGGGAUCCUCCACACUCAGUAGGAGUACAUCAAUGAGGAUAAGUAGACCUAUAGGGGGAAGCCCAGCAGACAAAGGUCAAGGUGAUUUUAACACAAACGCAAUGGAGGCUCUGGAAGGGUUCAUCAUAGGGCUGUACUCAGCUGUAUUUAAUGCAAUAGUGUCUUUAAUAAACAGAUCCAUGUCUUCAAAUAUGCGGACUUCCACAUCAAUAACGGUUGUGGACCUACCUGGAUUUCAGAAUCCAGCUACAUGUGGUCGCAACUCUGGUGCUACUUUUGAAGAUCUGUGUUACAACUACGCUAAUGAAAAAAUACAGAUGUUGUACCAUGAACUGACCUUUACCUUACAACAGGAUAGAUACAGUCAGGAGAAUGUUGAGUGUGAUUUCGAGUUUGUUACCAGCAGUCCAGCAGCCAUGGUGUCCCUCAUUGACAAACCAGCCCAGCAACUUCUGGUGAGAACUUCAUCACAAGAAAUAAAGGAAAGUGAUAAGAAAGGGUUGCUAUGGAUACUGGAUGAGGAAGCCAUAUUUCCGGGAGCCACAGAGGACAGUUUUAUGGACCGACUCUUUACUCAUCAUGGAGAGCAGAAAGUUAAAAAGGACAGUCUAUUAAGGAAGGCCUCUUCACUAGGGAACACAUUUAUUCUGAACCAUUACCAGGGAACCAACCCUGUUCAGUACAAUGCCAGUGGCUGGCUGAAAGGUUGUCGUGAAAACCCCUUAAUUAAAACAGCCAUUCAGGUCCUCCAGGAUUCUAAGAGACAGAACAUCAAUGAACUUUUCAACACAGUUAAGGCCCCUGUAGCCGGAAUGGUCAGUGGAUCCAUUGUGGGCAUGGAGGGGUCGACUUCUCUCAAAAGAGUGGGCAGCAUGCGGCGAACAUUCAUGUCAGGGACGGCGGGUCUCAAGAAACGCUCAAUGUGUCUUCAGGUCAAAUUCCAAGUGGACUCAAUAAUAGAAACACUACGUAAAUCUAAAUGUCACUUUGUACACUGUCUCCUGCCACAACACAAUGCAGGGCUGUGGGAACUCAAGCAGGGAGCCUCUCCACAAGACAAACCCUCCGACGAGAACCUGAUGAACGUUCCUCUGGUGAGAUCUCAGAUCAGGGGGGCGGAGCUACUGGAGGGGGUCAGAAUCUACAGGCAAGGUUUUCCUGAUAACAUGGUGUUCAGUGAGUUCAGACAGAGGUUUCAGGGCUUACUUCCUCCGGGUAGCCAGCCAGGGAAAGACGCUGACAUGAAACAAGCAAUUCUGACAAUCUUGGAUCAUCUAGACAUAGACAAACUGAACUACAGAGUUGGACUUAGUCAGGUGUUCUUCAGAGCAGGUGCUCUGAACAGAUUGGAGAUGGCUCGGGACGAGAAGAUUACGGGAACAAUUAUCAACUUACAGGCUCGCUGUAGGGGAUUCCUAGCCCGCAAAAAUCUAGAUAAAUUAAAGGUGAAACACAUAGCCAUUAGCUGUAUUCAAAAGAAUGUCAGGAAACUGAUGUUGAUCAAAGAUUGGUCCUGGUGGAAACUGUUCACUAAGGUCCAGCCAUUACUAGAUGUCCACCGAACAGAAGAGGAACUUAAAAAUAGAGAGUAUGAAUUAGAACAAAUGAAGGCUAAAGUGGAAAAGCUGGAAAAAGAAAGAAAUGAGUACAAAACACAAGCCGAAAAGCUGGAGAACAGAUUGGCAGAGGUGACAGCAGACUUAGCUGAGGAACACGACACUGCCACCCACGCCUCCGAGAUGUUAGAAGCCGAGACUGCAGACAGAAUGAGACUGGAUAAAGAACUCAAAGAUAUUCAGUCAAAGUACACUGUUCUGAAGAGACAUGCUGAGAAGAUAGAGAUGGAGGUGACACAGAUGCACCUGUGGCAGGCCCAGGCCAUGGAGGGGGAGCUGGAGGAAGACUUUGGAGACGACUCCAUUUACAAGGAGAGGUUUGAGAGGCUACUGAGGGAAUCCACAGUGACCCGAAAACGUAUGGAGAAAAAUCAUGAGGAGGAGAUAGAGAAAGAACAGUCACUAAAGAAAAAUGUGGAGAGAAAGCUUCACGAGGCCAUUGAGGAUGCGGAGGACCAGAGGAGACAGUUGUCGGCGGCGAAGAAGAAGGCACAGCGUCUGGUGGCGGAAAUGCAGGACACCAAACUCCACCUAGAGGAGCAGAUGUCACGGAACAAUGACCUGGAACGCAAACAGAGGAAGUUUGAUGCAGAGCUGAACAAGAUUCAGGAGGAGGUCAGAGACGAGAAAAAUUUACGAGAGAAACUGCAGAGGGAGAGAGAUCAACUAGCCUCCACUAAAAUAACACUAGAGCAGGAUCUACAGAGAAUGAAAGUGGACUAUGAGGAGAAAUCAGAGAAAGUAGAUCGUCUUAAUCGCGAACUGAUGGACUUAACUCUGACAGGAACGAAAGGGACGGACCAAGAAGUGAUGGCUCUGAAGAAAGCCAAACAUGAGCUGGAGUCCAAGAUCAAGGACCAGGAGGAGGAGCUGGAUGACCAGGCUGGACAGAUACAACAGUUAGAACAGACCAAGAUCCGUUUAGAGAUGAACCUGGAGAGAUCUAAACAGCAGCACAACAAAGAACUGGAGGAGAAGGAGGAGGAGAUAGAGGAAAUGAGAUACGCCAUGCAGAAAAAGCUGAAGAAUUUAGAAAGUCAGUUAGAAGAAGAAUAUGAUGAUAAGAAAAAACUACAACAGGACAAGAGAGACUUAGAAAGACAGAUACAGGAGCUGAGUUCUAAAGCAGGCUCUAUAAACAAGGAAGGAGAGAAGAGAUUAAAGAGAGAUCUGAUCAGGACCAGGGCUUUGUUAAGAGAUGCUGAGAUUGUGAUACAGAAGAACCAGGGCACAGAGGCAACUAAAGCACAGAUCAAGGCUCUCAGAAAUAAGCUGGAUGAUUCUGAAUACACUGCUGCUGCUGCCACUAAAGCCAAGAAAACCAUGGAACUAGAAAUCCAGGACCUUCAGCAACAGUUAGAUGACAUCUUCAGGGCCAAAACAGAGUCAGAAAACAAGGCGAUGGCAUUGCUGAGGGAGAAGACGGAGCUCCAGAGUCAGUUAGAUGAGAACGAGGAAGACUACAAUGACGUGAUGAGGAAGUACAAGGCGGUGGUACAGCAAGCCACACUGGACCAGAACGUCAUCUCCCAGCAGACACAGCAGAUAGAGGAGUUAACGUCAGACAGGGAGAAGCUCAAACAGGAGGUAAAAUAG